AUAAAAUCUCCUCUUACCUACCUUGUGGUCACUGAAACUAGAACCAAAUAUGAAUAGUACUCCGGGAAGAGGAAUAGAGAGAGAAGAAGAAGCAUUUUAGCUAAAAAGAAACAUCUUAUCUCUCUCCCUCACGGACGGGUACAUUCUUCUUUUAAAUUGUUCGAUUUUAGAGAGAGAGAGAGAGUAGUGAUUUGUUGUUUGAUUCUGUCGUCGUGCUUUUUGCUUCUAAUUUGGAGCAACAGUGUUGUGUCGUGGAUUUUAGAAGUUUGUUCUUCAAGAUCCAUAUCAUCAUCAUGGGCAAGCCUGCAAAGUGGUUUAAAAAUGUACUACUUGGAAAGAAAUCCUCCAAAUCUAGCAGCAAUGUUUCGAAAGGAUAUUAUGAGAGAGUUGUGAGCAGGAACGAGGUAGUGGUGGUUACUGCAAUGGUAGAAGUAUCCGAUCUCCCACCAUCUUUUGCAAAUGCUGCAGCGUCUAAUACCACCGUUCAUGGAAGCAGUGGUGUAUCAGAGACGCAACAUGUAGAACCUGAAGAGAUCUCAGAUGAUGAAACACAGCUUCCAGAUAGCAAACCGUCUGAUGCAGAGAGAAUCCAACAAGAGAUUGCAGCAACGUUGGUCCAGGCUGCGUUUAGAGGCUACUUGGCUCGGCGUGCCUUUUGGGCACUCAAAGGCAUAAUAAGGCUACAAGCACUUAUCCGUGGUCACCUGGUUAGGAGGCAAGCUGUUGCAACUCUCUGCUGUGUCAUGGGAAUCAUCAAGUUACAAGCGCUUGCUCGAGGAAAAGAGAUCAGAAACUCUCACAUUGGAGUUCAAGUUCAAAGGAAAUGCAGACUCCAGAUGCUUCAGGAGAACAAGGUUGGGAACUCUACAGGUGCUUACCUUGGAAUCAAGAAACUAACAGCCAACGCUUUUGCUCUGAAGCUUCUUGCUUCAUCGCCAAAAGUGAUACCCGUACACAUACCCUAUGAUUCAUCCAAUCCAAACUCAAGCUCUAUCUGGUUAGAGAACUGGUCAGCCUCAUGCUUCUGGAAACCAGUUCCUCAACCUAAGAAGACAAUGGGGAGAAGAGUCACUGACGCUGAAACUGCAAAACCCAAGAAGAGUGCCUCAGUAAAGACAUCUUUUGAGUUUGGUAAGCACAAACGCAGCUUCAGGAAAGUUUCAAGCCAGUCUGUAGAACCACCUGCUGUUGAAGAUCCUCAGGUUGAGCUUGAAAAGGUUAAACGUGGCUUGAGGAAGGUGCAUAAUCCUGUCGUUGAGAGCUCUAUCCAACCUCAACCAGUUCCUCAUAUAGAAGUUGAGGAGACAAAGCAUGAAACCAUAGAAGAACCUGUGAAAGUCUUUGAGGUAAACAAGAAGCAAGAAGUGCCUGAACAGCCUGAUGAGGUGGAAGUACAUACUCCUGGACCAUUGGAAACCAAUGAAGCACUAGAUUCCUCACUGGUCAACCAAAUUGGUGAAGCUAAAGAUGCAAGGGAAGAGAAAACUACCAAACCAAACAAUAAAGAGAGUUCAGCAGGGAAGGAGAACCAGAAGUCAAGGAGAAAGGGUUCAGCUACUAACAAGACCGAGCGUGAAGAGAGUAAUGGGCAUCAUCAUCAUCAUCAGACUAGUCCAUCAAUCCCAAGCUAUAUGCAAGCAACUAAAUCGGCGAAAGCAAAGCUGAGGCUGCAAGGCUCACCAAAGUCUGCUGAGCAAGAUGGGAAUGAGAAAGCCAAUGUUCCUAGGCGUCACUCUCUACCAUCUUCAGGUAACGGUAGGAUCACCUCUAGUUCUCCGAGAACAACGAGACUCGCUAGCUCAGGUGACAAAACCGGGAAUAAGAAGGAGAAACCUCUUCUGUCAUCUGCAAAGACAACUCCGGUAGAGCGCAAGAGGUGAUUGAUGACAUCAGAAAGUUGUCGUUGUUGAUUCUACAAUAGCAACAUUGUCAACAUGAGGAAUAUAAAAGCUAGAUUUAAAGUCUGUGACUGUGUGUGUGUUUAUGGUUUGGCCAAUUGUUACCGUUGGCUGCUGAGUAUCUGCAAUUGUGAGUGUGUCCUAAGCCGGAUAAUGUUACAUCACAAGGGUUGUGGAACUUGUUCUUUCUUCUUCUGGUUUUAUCAUUACAUAACUUUAAUUACUUUUUCAGAUUUAAGCUUUUUUUUAUUUUUAUUUUUUAUGUUUAUAUGAAUCUGUGAUUAUCUAAGAAUGUUCUUCAUUGUUUACAAACUUUGGAUGAAGUUUAUAUGCUCGUUUCUUC